AUGACUGAACCAUCAAAUAAUACAACUAAACCGUCAGCUUGGGAGAAAACCAAGACUGGCGGUAAGGUUGCUUUUGAUAAAGGAUGGGCUGCAUUCGAGAAGUUAGGAGGACCAGUUAAUAAGCUCACAAAUAAGAUUGGAUCUGAGGCCUUCUGGCCAACGGGGAUGGAGAAGGAAUGUGAGAAAGCUGCUCGAAUCCUCAAAUCGUUCUGUAAAGAUGGAUUUAUGGCGGAGCAACAAAAAGAUGCAUCCUUAGAUCCAGAGACUAAGAAGAAAGCCCAAGAUGGACCCAGCAAACCACCAAAAGUUCUUGUCAAAAUCCCCCAAAAGGUUAUCAAGAAUUGUGUCGGUCUUGCAAUUUACACCACAAUGCGUUCUGGAUUAUGGGUCUCCGGAGCAGGUGGAUCGGGUGUUUUAAUUGCCAAGAAUGAGAAGGGACAAUGGUCACCACCGUCCGGUAUUCUCGUCCACACUUUGGGUGUAGGAUUCAUGGCCGGAAUCGAUAUCUAUGAUUGUGUCAUUGUUAUCAAUGACCGCAAGGCUCUCGAUGCAUUUAGUAAAUUACGUGUCUCCCUCGGUGGUGAAAUAUCUGUUGUCGCUGGGCCAAUCGGGAGUGGGGCUAUCUUGGAGAGCGAGCUCUUGAAGAGUCGAAAGCCCUUGUUCUCUUACAUGAAGAGCAGAGGUUUAUAUGCAGGAGCACAGGUUGACGGAACCAUAAUUAUCGAGCGUAAUGAUGAGAAUGCGAGAUAUUACGGCGAAAGGUUGCCAGUGGCACAAAUUUUACAAGGAAGAGUCCCGUCACUUCCACCAACGGCUGAAUUGUUGAUGGAGGUCGUGAAGGAUGCUGAGGGAAGGCCAAAUCUAAAUCAGGCUGUCUUGCAGCAAGUCUACAAUAAGCCAGCUCCUGCAGAUGUGGAGAUUGUACAUUCAGGAGAGGCUAGUGUGGAUGAAAAGAAGAAGUAUGGAAACCCGAACACGGCCGAGGGUUAUGCUAUUCAGCAGCAACUGCAUGGAUAUCAACAGCAGCAGCAUCCAGGAUAUACACAGGGUAACGACCUGUAUUAUCCACCUCCACCUCCAGGGUCCCCGCCUCAUCAAGGUCAAAAUGCCAUGGACCAGGCUCCUCCGGCUUACUAUCCGCCUCCGCAUCCAUCGGAGUUUCCACAACAGCAAGGAAGUGGUGCAACUGAACACGGCUAUUAUGCACCCGAAAAACCACCUCGCCCAACUUGA